UUUCACUUUUCCUCAGUCAAUAUAUCAUCCCGCGACUAUAUUUUACGUAAAAGACUUUUCUUCUUCUUACAUAACUUUCAUUUCUUCUGUGUUUUAAUCUUCUUUUCCUACUUGGAGAUUCCCGAGCUUAUCAGUUGAUUCAUUAUAUUCGGAUCCAUGACUAGCCGAAAAAACACACAUUGGUGUAGUACAUGCAGACGAGGAAUCCGUCUUCUCCUUGAAGUCUCAAGAGGAGGGGUUUGCAGUUACUGUGGUAACACUUCUCUUGAACGGCUCUAUGAAAAUGUUGAACUUAGCCCUUUUGAUUUUUUCGGAGUAUCCAAUGAACAAAACCGUCCUCGCAACAACAACAACAGGAGAUUGAUUCUUGAAAACCAAUCGAGUUUUCAAGAAUUGUUUAACCGGUUCUCAGCACAAAACCGCCGUGGUCCACCUCCAGCUUCACUAACCGUGAUUAACUCAAUGCCAAAGGUCAAGAUUAGGAAGAAACAUCUCGGUUUGGAUCCGUCUUGUCCGGUUUGCCAAGACCGGUUUGAAGUCGGAUCGGUUGCAAGAAAGUUGCCGUGUAAACAUAUCUACCAUUCGGAAUGUAUAAUUCCCUGGCUAAUACAGCGUAAUACUUGUCCAGUGUGUCGCAAAGAGCUGCCACAAGACCGGAAUAAUGGCGGGAAGAAUCCUUUGUUUUAUCUCUGGCCGUUUAGCUCCUCUGGUUCGGCCUCAAACACCAGCGGAUCACCUUUUCAUUGAGAUGCUUGUAUAGUUAAUUGUGUCUCAGUCCCUAAGGCUCCAAUCCAUGAAAUA